UGAGCCGUUUCUCUUCUUGCUUCAGAUAAACAUGAUAGAUUAUCUUACUGAAGGUUAAAUACUUUUAAAAUGUACAUAGAAGAGGCAGCACUGAUCAUUUUUGGAACGUAACAACGAGGGGGGAAAUGUCUUAAUAUUAUAGUACGUAAAACAUAAGAAGCCAUCUGUCUGCAGUGUUUGCAUAUAUGCAGACCACUUGCCUUCCUGUAGAACAUGAGAAUGGCCAGUUAGAAAGCUCUCUGUUGUUCAGUUUCAUAUUAACAACCUACUAUAAUCAGGUUAUGUCUUUGUUUAGAGUGCAGCUGAUGAGGCAAAUGCUUAAGUAGUUUCAAAAUUAAUAAACAUAAGAGAAAGUGAGAAGUUUUUAUUAAGUGGGAAAGUGAGUCGUAUAAUUAUUGUUACAUAGGGCUGUUAGAGCAAUGUACAAAGUUGUUCCGGAUUUUGCCAGUUUUUAUCCAAAACAUUAAAAACUACUAAGGGAAAUACAUUGCAAGGAGUUACUGUUAUUUGUUGUUAUUGUUUGUGUUUUCUACUUUGUACAUCUAGAGGGAAAAGUAAUCCACACUGGCUGUAAUAUUUCCCUUAGUGGUCAUCUACCUUUCUCAAGAUUCUCAAGUCAGUAGUCAUUCUCAUCUGAAUUCAAUGUGUAUUUUGUCCAUGGACAAGAUAAUUAUAAGCUACAUGAGUAGAGUGUGGAAUGAGUCAGCCACUGAAGACAACAAUGCACAACGUAGCCAGAAAUGAAUCUGAUUGAAUUCUCAUUAGUAUGGGGAGACAGUUUGAAGCCCAUAAGUUUGGAAAUUGCAAAUGAACCAUUCCUAUAUAAGCUAGUUUAAUGCUGAUCUGCUUUGUGACAAGAUCAGGAAAGAAUAUGGGGCUUAAAAAUGAUGUCGACACUGAAAGCCAUUUCUUCAAAUGGUUGACGAUGUGUCAAACUGUGUAAGGGCCUCGCACGGACAUGGGCGUUCCGAUCUGUUAAUGGGGACAUGGGACACCAGUUGUCUGUGAUCACUUGUGUGGAUUUUCCCCGUGUAGAACGACAGAAGCCGCUAGUAAGUGGCCAAGACCUACAGCAGGAAUUCUGCGCCCAAGCUUCACCUUGUAGGGCAUCAAACCUUGCUAUUUUAACUUGCGUCUGAGAGAAUGUCUGAGCAAGGGGACCUGAAUCAGGCGAUAGUGGAGGAAGGUGGGAAUGAGCAGGAAAGGGCCACUCCAGAGAAUGGUAUUGUUAAGUCGGAAAGUCUGGAUGAAGAGGAGAAGCUGGAACUGCAGAGGCGGCUGGCGGCUCAGAACCAAGAGAGAAGAAAGUCAAAGUCAGGAGCAGGAAAAGGUAAACUGACUCGCAGCCUUGCUGUCUGUGAAGAAUCCUCGGCCAGAUCCGGAGGUGAAACUCUUCAAGACCAGGAAUCAAUUCAUUUACAGCUUUCCAGUUUUCCCAGCCUGCAAGAGGAUGAUAAAUCUAGGAAAGAUGACUCUGAAAGAGAAAAAGAGAAGGAUAAAAACAAAGAUAAAUCCUCUGAAAAACCCAAGAUCAGAAUGUUAUCAAAAGAUUGCAGCCAAGAAUAUACGGAUUCUACAGGCAUAGACUUGCAUGAGUUUCUGAUUAACACAUUAAAGAAUAAUUCCAGGGACAGGAUGAUACUCUUGAAAAUGGAGCAGGAAAUUAUUGAUUUCAUUGGUGACAACAAUAAUCAUUAUAAAAAGUUCCCUCAGAUGUCAUCCUAUCAGAGGAUGCUCGUCCAUCGAGUGGCAGCUUACUUUGGGUUGGAUCACAACGUGGAUCAAACAGGAAAAUCUGUGAUCAUCAACAAGACUAGCAGCACAAGAAUACCAGAGCAAAGGUUUUGUGAACAUUUAAAAGAUGAAAAAGGUGAAGAAUCCCAGAAGCGGUUUAUCUUGAAGCGAGAUAACUCUAGUAUUGAUAAAGAAGACAAUCAGCAAAACAGAAUGCAUCCAUUUAGAGAUGAAAGACGAAGUAAAUCAAUUGAAGAGAGAGAAGAGGAGUAUCAGAGAGUGAGGGAGAGAAUAUUUGCACACGAUUCAGUUUGCUCCCAGGAAAGCCUUUUUGUGGAAAACAGUAGGCUCUUGGAAGACAGUAACAUAUGCAAUGAGACCUAUAAGAAAAGACAGCUCUUUCGGGGCAACAGAGAUGGCUCAGGGAGAAUGUCUGGAAGUCGACAGAGCAGUUCCGAGAGUGAACUCAAGUGGUCCGACCACCAAAGAGCCUGGAGCAGCACGGACUCUGACAGCUCCAACCGCAAUCUCAAGCCCGCCAUGACCAAGACAGCGAGUUUCGGGGGCAUCACGGUGCUGACCAGGGGUGACAGCACAUCCAGUACCAGGAGUACCGGGAAGCUGUCCAAAACAGGUUCUGAGUCGUCCAGCAGUGCGGGGUCCUCAGGAUCACUGUCCCGCACCCAUCCCCCUCUCCAGAAUGCACCCCUGGUCUCAGGCGUGGCAGCCAGCUCUCCGGGCUGUGUGCCCUAUCCGGAGAGUGGAAUGGGGGGCCAGGUUGGUGCCGGCAAUACGAGCUACAUCCUCCUUCCCCUUGAAGCUGCAACAGGCAUCCCGCCCGGAAGCAUCCUUCUUAAUCCACACACAGGCCAGCCCUUUGUGAAUCCCGAUGGAACUCCUGCAAUAUACAACCCCCCCGCCAGUCAGCAGCCCCUGCGAGGCGCGAUGGUGGGGCAGUCCCAGCAGCGGCCACAGCAGCAGCCCUCUCCUCAGCCACAGCAGCAAGUCCCGCCAACACAGCAGCAGAUGGCAGGCCCUCUGGUCGCUCAGUCUGUCCAGGGGCUGCAGGCUUCCUCCCAGUCAGUGCAAUACCCAGCAGUCUCUUUUCCUCCCCAGCAUCUCCUGCCUGUGUCUGCAACGCAGCAGUUCCCCCUGAGGGAUGAUGUGGCGACACAGUUCGGCCAGAUGAACCUGAGCAGGCAGUCCUCAGGAGAGACUCCUGAGCCCCCACCUGGCCCUGUUUACCCGCCAUCCCUCAUGCCACAGCCAGCCCAACAGCCCAGCUAUGUCAUCGCCUCUACAAGCCAGCAGCUCCCCACCGGGGGGUUCUCAGGCUCUGGCCCUUCCAUUUCCCAGCAAGUUCUCCAGGCCCCUCCCUCACCCCAGGGCUUCGUGCAACAGCCUCCACCUGCACAGAUGCCCAUAUACUAUUAUCCAUCGGGUCAGUACCCUACCUCAACCACGCAGCAGUACCGGCCCAUGACCUCAGUUCAGUACAGCGCUCAGAGGGGUCAGCAGAUGCCACAGACAGCACAGCACGCAGGUUACCAGCCAGUCAUAUCCGGUCAACAGGGGUUUCAAGGCCUCAUGGGAGUGCAGCAGCCACCUCAAAGUCAGAGCGUGAUGAGCAACCAAACAGGAACUCCGGUGCAAAGCAUGAUGGUCUCCUACCCAACCAUGUCUUCUUAUCAGGUGCCAAUGACCCAGGGUUCUCAAGGACUGCCCCAGCAGUCAUACCAACAGCCAAUCAUGCUACCUAACCAGGCAGGUCAAGGGUCACUCCCAGCCACUGGAUUGCCCGUGUACUGUAAUGUCACACCGCCGACCCCUCAGAACAACCUUAGGCUGAUUGGCCCACACUGUCCCUCCAGCACUGUCCCUGUGAUGUCGGCUAGCUGCAGGACAAACUGUGCGAGUAUAAGCAACACCGGGUGGCAGGUCAAAUUCUGAGGCUCUGGCUGUGGUACAUUUCUUCAGAUAUUGCUCACGGCCUUUGAAGGACGAGGAACAAGGUGGGAAAACUGGCUGAGGACUUAAGUAUUCACUCAACACUCAAACGAUUGCUGCUGGUAUUCUGUAAAAAAAAAAAAAAUACAAAGACUAAUAUACACAUUAGCUGGUUAAUGGUGCAUAUUUCUGUCAUGUCUGCUAGGUAUGCCUUUAUAGCUUAGCUAGUGACAUGAAUUCAUCAAGGUAAGAUUUUCUCCUACCACUGAAUACCACUGUGUAGACUAUAAUAUCCCUAAUUUGGAUUAUUAGUUUUGUACUUUGUGUUGAGUUUGUGAUGUUCAAAGUAUUUAAAAAUUAUAUACUGAACUCAUAUUGUACCAAAGCUGUAACGGAACAGAGAAGAAUUGAUGAAUGGAAGGAAUAAUUUAUAUACACUAUAGAGUUUUCUUUUUUAAUGGAUAUAUACUGUAUUGUAGUGUUUAAUCAAAAUAAAACUAUUUGACCUUAUGGAGGAAGGUCAUGUUUUUA